AUGGGAUCCCUCCAGGAAGACACAUACCUGUAUCAAAGUGUUGCGGACAGUAGUCCUUGUCCUACAGUCAAGUCUGCGGAUGGCCUUUACUUUACUCUUGAAAGUGGACAAAAGGUCCUAGAUGCGACAGGCGGGGCUGCCGUUUCGGCUAUCGGUCAUGGCAACAAAGCUGUCAUAGAUGCAAUCGUUCGCCAAUUGGCUGCGGUGACAUACUGUCAUCCUGGAUAUUUCCAGAAUACCCCUGCCCUUGAACUGGCUGACUGGCUGGUCAAGUCUACUGGCGGACAGCUGUCACGGGCCUGCAUACUUGGAUCCGGCUCUGAAGCUGUCGAGGCGGCGCUGAAACUUGCGUACCAGUAUUUUGCCGAACUGUCGCCAGGAUCGCCGCGACUAAACUUCAUUUCGCGACGAGGCUCGUGGCACGGAUGUACCAUUGGCGCACUCUCCGUGGGCGAUAUCAAGGCCAGAACGACACUCUUUGAGCCUCUCUUACUGAAGAAUGUGUCGAAGGUGUCUCCUUGCCACCCCUGGCGAGAUAUGAAGGAAGGGGAAACCGUUGAGGAAUAUGUCGCUCGGCUGAAACAGGAGCUGGAAGACGAAUUCCACAGGCUUGGUCCCGAAACCGUUUGUGCCUUUAUCGUGGAGCCCAUGGUCGGCACUGCCCUAGGUUGUGUUACAGCGUUGCCAGGAUAUCUACAAGCCAUGAAGGAAGUCUGUCACCGCCAUGGCGCCCUUCUAAUCUUCGAUGAGAUUAUGUGCGGGCUCGGCCGCACCGGCGCGCAGCAUGCGUGGCAGCACGAUGGCGUUGUCCCCGACAUUCAGACCGUGGGAAAGGUCCUCGGUGGAGGAUACGCUCCGAUCUCUGCGCUGUUGGUUCACGAGCGUGUUAUUCGUGGGUUGAAAGAAGGCAGUGGGAUGUUCGCUCACUCACAAACCUAUCAGGCACAGCCGCUCACCUGCAUUGCAGCGCUGGCCACUCAGCGCUAUAUUCAGGAAAAUAACCUGGUCGAGAACGCUCGUUGCAUGGGUAAGUACCUUGGGGAACAGCUCCAACUGCAUCUUAGAGAGCACCCUCUCGUGGGAGACGUUCGAGGACGAGGGCUGUUCUGGGCCGUGGAGAUCGUGCAGGAUAAAGCCACUAAGGCUCCUUUCGAUCCCAAGCUGAACAUUGCUAAGCGGAUCCGGAGUCGAGGGCUUGAACCUGGCUAUGACAUUUGCAUUUUCAGUGCCACCGGGGCUGCUGACGGUUGGAACGGCGACCAAUUUCUUUUGGCGCCACCGUACACCGUUCAAAAGGAGGACGUCGAUGAAAUCGUGAAGCGUGUUGCCAAGGUGAUGGACAGUGUGUGGAAGGACAUCGAACCCGUCGUAAGGGCAUAA